AUGAGAUCCAGGCCAGCCAAGCUCCUUCUAGAGCCGGAGCAAGAGAACACUCGGUCUGACGAUGAGAUCCGAGAGGAGGAUGAUCAAGAGGACGAGGCCAGAUCAGCAUACCGUCCAAGAAGAGGUCCUAGAACCAGAGAUCCAGGUGAUGUCAAUCCUUUUGCUAGAAAUGAACGUACUAAUGAUAGCCUAAGUGGAUUGAAACUAAAAAUCCCACCUUUUGAGGGUAAAAAUGAUCCUGAUGUUUUUCUUGAAUGGGAAAGAAAAAUUGAAUAUGUCUUUGAUUGUCAAAACUUUUCUGAACUUAAGAAAGUUAGACUAGCUGUUACUGAAUUCUCUCGCUAUGCUAUCAAUUGCUAUGAUCAAUUUCUGACCCUUAGGAGGAGAACAGGUGAGAGACCGAUUGAGACAUGGGAUGAGUUUUCCAUGCUGAUGAGGAGACGAUUUGUUCCUGCUCAUUAUCACCAAGACCUCCACCAGAAACUCAGAUGCUUGCUUCAAGGCACUAAGUCCGUGGAAGACUACCACCAGGAGAUGGAAACUUUGAUUAUCAAGGCUGAUGUAGACGAGCCCAAGGACGCCACUAUGGCUAGGUUCCUCUCUGGCCUUAACCGAGACAUCCAAGACCGUAUGGAGCUUCAAGAGUAUGGUAGUGUGGAACAGAUGCUACACAAGGCCAUCUUGAUCGAGCAACAAGUUAAAAGGAAGAGUUUCUCAAAGCCGGCCAUUACCUCUAAACCGGCCUACUCUCCUAGUCCGGCUUUGCUCCUAAGCCAAGCUACCAAAAAAGGAAAGGCAGUUGAUACUUCUGGCCGAGCAAGAGACAUUAGGUGUUUCAAAUGUCAAGGUCUAGGACAUUUUGCCAAAAACUGUCCCAACCAACGAGUGAUGAUUCUUACGGAGAAUGGAGAAGUUGAAUCUGAGGAUGAGCAGGAGAACAAAGAAGAUCUUCGUCCUAUCUUUGAUGAAGAGGACGAGUCCUUUGGAUAUCCGCAUCAAGGGCCACUACUCGUUGCUAGGAAAGGCAUGGUCGAGUCUAUUUUCGAUGAGACGGACGACCGCUUGGUCGAUGGUUCCGACCCAGCCUUUGAUGAUGAGUCCGACCCGAUCUAUGAUGAGGAGCCUUGCUUCGACUAUCCAGCUCAUGGUCCUCUACUUGUCACAAGAAGAACUCUGAGUGUCCAACCCAAAAACAAUGAAAAGGAACAAAGGGAGAAUCUCUUUCAUUCUCGAUGUUUAGUUUCUAAAAAGGUUUGCUCUUUGAUUAUUGAUGGUGGGAGUUGUACUAAUGUUGCUAGUGACACUCUUGUCUGGAAACUAGGACUUGCUACUCGGCCUCUCUCUCGUCCUUUCAGGUUGGAAUGGCUAAACGAGGCUGGAGAACAGUAUGUGAAAGAGCAAGUCACUGUCCCUAUUACCAUUGGCCGAUAUGAGGACGUGGUCGUUUGCAACGUUCUUCCUAUGGACGCAUGCCACAUUCUCUUGGGCCGGCCAUGGCAAUUUGAUAAGAGAGCCGUGCAUGAUGGCUUCACAAACCGACACUCCUUUGAUCAUAAAGGGAAGAAGAUCACGCUUGUUCCUUUGACACCUUUGGAGGUUCAUCAAGAUCAGAUCCAGCUCAAGAGGAACCGUGACAAGGAAACCAAGCCAGAUGAACCUGAAUCAUCCCACCGGAACUCCAAUUUCUAUAUCAAACAAAGUCAGGUCAAGAGAUCUCUUUACUCUCAAAAGCCAUUUCUUUUACUUGUGUACAAAGAAUCUCUUAUGGCUUCUUCUUCUGACCUUGCACCGGAGAUUCCGAGUGAACUUUUAGAUGUUUUGCAGAAGUAUUCUGAUGUUUUUCCAGAUGAGAAUCCUAAGGGAUUACCUCCAGUACGAGGCAUUGAGCAUCAGAUCGACCUUGUUCCAGGCGCGUCUUUACCAAACCGGCCAGCUUACCGUACAAUCCGGUAG